CACUUACAAAUUAUUAGCAAAACUUUGUCGUUAAGGUUAAGAAUUAUCUAUAAAACUUGAAGAAAUUAUAAAUGAAUUUGAAAAACAAAUUCAUUAAAUUAUUCAACAAUAAUAAGUGCAAAUAAACAAGUGUGUUCUAAAACGAAAAAUCAUUAAAAGAUUUUAAAAAUAAGAAAGAUCAAGCCGACGAAAAAAUAAAAUUUUUAAGUAUAGCAAAUAUACAUUUUGGCUGUGCUUGUUGGUGUUGGUAUUCAUGUGCUUCCACGGAAAGAGUUUUUAAAGAAAAGAAUGAAGAAAUGACGAUAAAAAAUACGUAACCAUAAGUUUGAAAUAUAAUAUUGAAGAAAUAGUUUUAAUUUGUUCACAAAGUUUGCUGAUUUUGCAGAAAACCCAAGAAAUAAGGUAAAACCGCAUACAUACACAUAUUUUCUACAACCAUCCUACAUUCAAGAGCUCACACUCUCUCCUCAACGAUACGUCGAUAUCAAUGUGCAUGCAGAUUUUUAUUAUUUUUUUGCAAAAAUAAUUUAAAAUAUUUUAAUAAAUACAGCAAUUUGUGUGUACACUAUGCGUUAAUGGAAAAUAAUGUAAUAAAACAAGAAAUAUUGAAAACGAAAGAUAUAAAAUAAAAUAAAAUAAAAUAAAGAAAAAGAUUCGGGAUAAUAUUCUGAAAAAACAAAGCCAAAUGAAUAAAUAAAUUGUAUUGUAUGUGUAAAGAAAAUUGUGCGAAAUGAAUAUGAAGAUUUUUCAAAGUGUGCAUGGGAAACAAAAAAUCAAAUUAAUUAAUUCUAUAUUAAUGCAUAAUUUUACAACAGCCAUUAUUAUUAGUAAAUGUAACAAGCCAUUAUUAAUUAAUAGUUUAAUUAUAAAUUCAACAAAAAAUUUAUAUUAUAUUCAACAAAUUAUAGAACAAUUAUCUUUAAGCAAUUGUAAAAAUUUAAUAAAAUUUUGUUAGAAGCAAAAAAAAAAGGAAAAACAAACAGCAAAAAGAAAAACUAACACACCACCCACAAACGAAAAAAGAAAAGUAAAAGAAAUCAAGUGAAAAUUUAAAUACUAUAUAACAAAAAAGAAGAAAAACAUUGUUAGCUAAAUCAUACAAAAUAAUAAAGCAAAAUAUUUAUAAACUAAAAAAGUCAAAAAAACGUUUAAGAACUAAAAAUAGAAAAGAAAUAAAAAGUGUAAUUUUUUAAAGAAUUUGUGGUAAUAAAAGUGCGAUAUAAAAAAAAACGCCCUAUAAAAAUUUGUUUGUCACGUUCGUGUUUCUAAACGUAAUGCAUUCAGUUCAAAGUGUUUCCAAACAAUCAAAGCUUAGUAGAAGACAACGAAGACUUCACCGUUAUUGUGCAGCGUCAGCAUCAUCUUCAUCAGCAUCAGCUUCAUCUGCACCACGAGUCAGUGGUUAUAAAGUUGCAAAAGCCUACCGAUAUACAGUUCCUAUAGUACACGGCAUUGUAGUGUCCAAUCUAUCGUUGGUAUUGCUACAAAAAGAAUACAUAGAGCAAUUCUAUUUUGAAAAACGUAGCGGCGGAGGAGGACCUGAUCCUGAUGCGAAUGCCGAUCUUCAUCGGCAUUUGAAUGCAACCAACCAGCCAUACAGCCACCACUCAGCAAAGUCACUAGCAUCGCAUUGUAAAUCCAAUAUACAAUUACAGCUGCUACGUUUUGGAUGAUUGAUAUCAUCGAGACUAUGUGAUAAAUGACAGGAAUAUUAUAUUAAUUUAAAUUCUCUUAAAAAAGUCAAUUAUAAUACAAUUUAUAAAACUUACGCUCAAGGGCUCCAUCUAGCGGAGAAGAUAUUACAUUUUGCUCCAGUGAAACAACAACAGCAUCAAUUUAAAAGAAGACGUUUAAAAACUCGUACUCGCAAUCGUUAACAACUGUAAAUGUGUGGCACCGAUAACGGAAAUAAAAUACCUUUAUUGAUACGAUCUUGAUUGAACAAUAAUAAAAAAAAAAUAACCUAGAAACCCUGGCUUUUGACGGAAGACGGAAGCUAUAUCAAAUAUCUCAAAUAUCUUUAAAUCGAUAUUCGUAUAUACUGAUUAUUUAUGGUUAGAUAGACAAAACAGACAGAUAGAUAGAUCGAUUUGCUUAUUGUUUGUUGUUUCGUCGUGAUCUUUUUUCAAAAUGGAACUCAGUCAACCAAGAAUAUUGUUAAUUUCUAUUAAGCAAAUAGAAUACGAAAGUAAUAACAGUACUGAAUACAAUAUGAGCCGAGUUUGCCACAUUGCUCAUGUACGGGAUGUCACAGGAGCUAAGAAACUGCGAAGCUGACAUUAUCUACUACUAUACGAUGAAGAUGAUGCCAUUAUAUAGGAUCAACUAAAUAAUUAAAAACAAAAAAAACAACAAAAAUUAAAACAAUUAAAAUAAACGAAAACUCAAGAACAUUGAAAUUUUGAAAUAAACGAAAAAUAAACAUUAAAAACAAAACAAAUUUAUUAAUUAAUUAAAAGAAAAACUUUUAUAUUACGCAUAAAUAAAAAAAAAGAAAUAAAAUAAUAUUAAAAACAAAAAAUUAAAAAUAAAUAAAUAAAAAAGAGCAAACAUUUUUUUGAGAUUAACUUAGUGAAACGCACAAGAAAAACAAAAUUCAAAAUGCAAAAAUAUACCCCUCUUAAAGAAGGUGUCAAUGAACAGAUUACACCAACAGCCCCACCCGUAUCUGCUAUACCAAAUGGUUAUACAACGGAUAAUAUUUUAGACUCCAAUUUCAACACCGAAAUGGAUACAACAGAUAAAGCCUCAGCAUUGGCUUCUACAGCAGCGGCCACCAAACAUUAUACUAACAAAACUAACAUGGCCAAAUUACAGUGGUGGAAUGCACCCACUACCCGAAUCACACUAGAUACUACUUCUGCCUCGUCAUGCUAUCCCGCUGAACGCGAAGCACUUAAUGCCCAAACUCAGGAAGGUAGAGAAGAUGAUAAUGAUAAUGUAUUUUCUACAAAUAAUCUACCAAAAGAUUCACCAAAUAAUCAACAACAUGAUGAGCAACAUUUACAUCAGAAUCAUCAUAAUCCCCAUCAUAACUAUCAUCAUCAUCAUAAUCACAAUCCGCAUCAUGCUUCAAGUGAUGGUGGCAAUUCACCAUUGUCGAAAAGUGCCAGCAGUUCACAUCAUAAGCUGCAUCAUUUGUCGGCCACCAGUAAUGAUCGUAUAUCCAACAAGAUUCCAUUAACCAAUCAGUUUAGCAUUGAAGAAGAUCAUGAUCAAACUAGACAGGACUCACAAUUAUUAUUAAAUGAUAAAAAACCAUGUUUUGGUUUAUUAAAUCCCAACGAAGAUGAUGAAAUGAAAAUUACCGGCUAUCGCCGGUCAAAUUUGCGCACAUUUUUAUGUUGGCUUUGCAUAUGUUUGACUGGCGGCCUAUUGCGAUUAAUAUUGCAUUGGUGGGGUCAUUGGUAUUUAAUGGCCACCCAUGAAAUCUGCACUUUGGAGGAAGCUGAAAAAGUUUUAGUCCAAGAAGACUAUAAGGGAAACCAUAAAAUCUAUUAUGUUAAACAAGUACAAACAUUAGAUUUUAAUACCUUAAGACAUGACCAAUUGAAGCGGGCCAAACAAUUAAAGAAAAAAUCUUCGACAAAUAAUGAAAUUUUAGCAAAUGGUUGUAAUAGUGUAGAUGCUGUAGCUAAUAUUGAUGAAAAGAAUUUCCAUCUGUCGAUGCAUUUUGAAACAGGACAAUUUAAAUAUUGUUCCAGUGCCCGUAUAUUCAAUUGCAAACAAUUACGCUAUGCCUGGAAUCCACAGACGCAAACUUUUGAUAAAUUACAGGGAUUGGAUGUGGACGUGUUGAAUACAUAUUUCCAUCAACAAAAAGGUUUAAAUGGACAAGAGCAGAUUGCACGACGACUGGUGUAUGGGCCGAAUGAAAUAACAGUUCCUUAUAAAGAUGUUAAGACACUAUUGUUCUUAGAAGUACUUAAUCCAUUUUAUGUUUUCCAAAUAUUUUCGGUGGCAUUAUGGUUUGCCUACGACUACUAUUACUAUGCCUGUGUUAUUGUACUAAUGUCCGUAUUUGGCAUAACCAUGUCAAUUGUUCAAACUAAAAAGAAUCAAGAUGCUUUACGUGAAACCGUACAUAAUACUGGCACAGCAUUGAUUGUUAGUGAAAAGGGAGAUGUGCAAGAAUUACCCACCCAAUGCCUGGUACCGGGCGAUAUAAUCGAAAUACCUUCUAGUGGUUGUACUAUGCAAUGUGAUGCUGUCUUAUUGGCGGGCAAUUGUAUUCUAGAUGAAUCAAUGUUGACGGGUGAAAGUGUACCAGUUACUAAAACUCCGCUGCCUAUGAAACGUGAUGUGAUAUUCGAUAAGAAGGAACAUGCCCGUCACACUCUAUUCUGUGGCACUAAAGUUAUACAGACUCGUUUGAUUGGUUCCGAAAAGGUUUUAGCAAUUGUCAUUAACACAGGAAAUAUAACUGCCAAAGGUGGUUUAAUACGUUCAAUAUUGUAUCCACCACCAGUUGAUUAUAAAUUUGAGCAAGAUUCCUAUAAAUUUAUUGAAUUUUUGGGUCUUAUUGCCUUAAUUGGUUUCAUCUAUACGUUAGUGAGUAAGAUUUUGCGUAAUGUAGAUCCUGUUAAGAUUGCUGUUGAGUCUUUGGAUUUAAUAACAAUUGUAGUGCCUCCUGCAUUGCCAGCUGCCAUGACUGUGGGCCGUUUUUAUGCCCAAAAACGUUUAGAACGUAACAGCAUCUAUUGUAUCUCGCCACGUUCCAUUAAUGUGGCUGGCAGUAUUGAUUGUUGCUGUUUCGAUAAGACCGGCACCUUAACCGAAGAUGGUUUAGAUAUGUGGGGUGUGUUACCCAAAUCGGCCACCAAUCAAUUCCAAAUACCCAUCAAACAAAUUGAUCGUUUACCUUGUGAUAAUUUCCUUUUUGGUAUGGUAACAUGUCAUUCAAUUACCAUCAUGAAUGGUAAAAUGAUGGGUGAUCCUUUGGACUUGAAGAUGUUCGAAUCCACUGGCUGGAUUUUGGAAGAUCCUCAGAAUCAACCCCAGGGUCUGUUGCAAUCGACUGUGGUAAGACAGCCUAAGAAUCGCAAAAUCGAAAAUAAUGUUGAGGAAGAAAGUGACUGUGAGAAUAAGUUAACACAAAUCCGUGAGAGACAAUCAUCAGUCGAUGAUUUACUAUCCGAUGUGGGUUUACUCAAUGGUGAGUCUAACAAUGACCAUGGUGUAGUACGAGAAUUUCCAUUUACCUCUAACCUGCAAAGAAUGUCAGUUGUAACGAAACGUUUGAGUGAGAAAAACUUCAAUGUCUAUUGCAAGGGCUCGCCCGAGAUGUUGCAGCAAUUGUGUUUGCCAAAAAGUUUGCCCGACAACUUUUCCCAGCAAUUGGCCACUUAUGCCAAGCAGGGAUAUCGUGUCAUAGCCAUGGCCUAUAAGAAGCUUAGUCCGAAAUUAAACUUUACGAAAGUACAGCGUUUGGCUCGUGAAAAUGUUGAAUGUGAUUUGGAAUUUUUGGGAUUUGUGGUGUUGGAGAAUCGUUUGAAACCCGAUACUACUGAGGUAAUAGGAGCCUUGACAAAAGCCGAAAUUAGAACGAUAAUGGUAACGGGAGAUAAUAUAUUGACGGCCUUAAGUGUGGCUAGAGAUUGUGGCAUAGUCAGCUCAACACAGCCCGUGGUAACAGUUAAUGUGCGUCAGAAGCCCGAAGCUAAUGUUGAGGGUCAUGAACAUACACAUGCUCAUGGUCAUGGACACGGCCAUGGUCACGGUCAUGGUCACGGACAUGGUCACGAUCACGAUCAUCAUGAUUAUGAAUUGUAUUAUACCUUAGAUUUGGGCAGUGCUUCGUGUGCCUCUAACUCAAUAACAAAUGGUAAAACUAAUGGCACUUUAACCAAUUCCAAUACCAAUGAUACGCUCUCAUAUGCCGGUGACAAUAACUACCACAGACUAAAUGGCGAUGUGGCCUCCCUAUCCAGUGCUGCUUCGCUAACAAUGCCCAACAGUAAAAGUUGUGGCAGUGUGGAGACUAUGGAUACUUGGACCCACAAUGAUAUAGAAUUGGGCAUUUCUACACCCUUGGAUGGGGAUGCGCCGCCAAUAAUGUCAGCAAAUAACGCCCAAUCGUUGCAGGACAAGAAAUGGCGCAACAACUAUCGUUUUGCCAUGGUAGGAAAAACCUGGCAAAUCGUUAAAGAUCAUUUUCCCGACUUGCUGCAAAACUUUUUGACGCGUGGUGUUAUUUAUGCUCGCAUGUCUCCCGAACAAAAACAAGCCUUAAUUGUGGAAUUACAAAAUCUUGACUACUGUGUUGCCAUGUGCGGUGAUGGUGCUAACGAUUGUGGUGCCCUAAAAGUGGCGCACACCGGUAUAUCUUUAAGUGAAACUGAAUCAUCGAUUGCCUCGCCGUUUACCUCACGUAAUCCCACCAUAGCUGCGGUUCCCAAUGUCAUUAAGGAAGGCCGUGCUGCCCUCGUCACCUCAUUUGGUAUAUUCAAAUAUAUGGCUGCCUAUUCCAUGGUGCAAUUUAUAUCGGUCAUGAUAUUGUAUUCCAUCGAUUCGAAUUUGACUGAUAAACAGUAUUUGUACAUAGAUCUGGGUUUAAUAUCCAUUUUUGCAUUUUUCUUUGGCAAAACCGAAUCGUUCCAUGGGCCACUAGUGAAACAGGUGCCUUUGUCUUCAUUAAUAUCACUAACACCGUUGGCCUCGAUUGUCUUGCAUUUGAUGGUGGUUAUAGUAUUCCAAGUGUCGGCCUGGUAUCAUCUGCACCAGCAGGAAUGGUUCGAGCCCUUCGUGCACAGCAGCGAAGAUCAUUUGGGCUGUUGGGAAAACUACACCAUGUUUGCCAUAUCCAGUUUUCAAUACAUCAUUUUGGCGUUUGUAUUCUCCAAAGGUGCUCCCUAUCGCCGGCCCAUUUGGUCGAAUUUACCCUUCUGUUUGACGCUGAUCGCCAACCUGUGUAUUGUUAUCUACCUCAUUUUAAUACCACCCGUUUGGUUGGCUGACUUUUUCCAACUCAUCUUACCGCCAGACAUGAAUUUCCGCUAUUGGAUGUUAAUCUAUGGUGUGUGCAAUUUUAUAGCUCACAUUAUCAUUGAAACUUUGGUUGUGGAAUAUUUACUGUUUAAGAAAUUCCAAGCACGUCGUGAUCGUGAUUUACGUACAUCCAAACGUAAAUACAUGCAAAUUGAAUACGAUUUGAAAUUCUAUCAAAAUUGGCCCCAAAUCACCGAAGAACCUUUGCACACUAUGCAAAUUGAUCAUAGCAAGGCUAAACCUGCAUAUUAUGAAAUUAGUGCUGAACAAAAUUUCGAUACACCCGCUUCCGAGAAUAAUCCCUUGAAUAAUUUCUUUGAUUUUGAACCAAACACACCAACAUCACCGGAUCAACACUUUCAAAUGUCACAUGAACCCGCACACGUAAUACCAACACCGCCAGCUACUUCAACGCCCACAAUAGCAGCAACAGGAACAAUACAGCCACUAUCCUUUGCAAAUAAUAAUAUUAAUAACAAUAAUAAUAAUAAUAAUGUUGUAGAAUGUUGAGAGAUUUAAGAUAAUAAUAGGAAUUUUUCUUAAGGAAUACAGGAUAAAGACUAGACAAUUUUAAGGUAAUUCACGUCAUUGUUUUUGAAGCUUGGAAAAAUGCAAACAUUCGUGCAAUCUCAGCAACAACAUACUUAAUACGUAAUCCUUAUGGUUGUUGGGAUUGUGCGAAAAUUUGCAUUUUACCAAUUUAAAAAAACGAUGUCGAGAAUUAUUUUUUUAUUUUCUAUUGUCUUUUGUUUAGAAGAAGGGAAUUAAUAUAUCAAGUAGGAAUAGUUGGCUUUAUCUAAAUAUUUUAUUUAUUUUUUAUUACAUAUUUGUUCUAUUAGAAGUUUUAAGCUAAAAGUUUGGCCAGUUAAACAACUUGAGUUUUGUUAUUAUAGCUUUGGCAGCUUAUAAUUGUACCUUUAAUUAGGUAUUGGAAAUCGUUAAAUUUAAUUUGAGACUUAUAUUGAAUGUGUUCUUAUUGCCGGUCAUAAAUUAACCUUUAUUUAAACUUAAAUAAUAUAAACAAUUUGUAUUUCCACUUCAUACAAAUUACCGGUCAAUAUUUCAAGCCUUUUUUUCAAGAUGUCUGAUUAUUUCUUAACUUAAAGUUAAGACAUUUUUAUAUGAAAAUUGUCAAUAUAAUAUUUAGGUUUAAACAUGUUAACUAGACAUUGUGAAAAUGGGUGUAAAAGAUGUAUAAAAAUUAAAAAUACCUCUGGCUUAGUUUCUGAAGAUCAAUUUGUAUUAUAGCGGAAAAUGCAAUCAACCAUGGAUUUAUUCAAACUAGUACACAUUCAUAAGAGUACAAUGCCAAUUAAUUUUAUUAAAUACAUAUUACUUUCAGUAAAGCACAGUGGCUACAAAUGUAAAAUAGUAAAUGCAAAAGUGGUGUAACCCCAAACUAUUUAUUUAGUGGUAUAUUCAACCAACACCACUUUUGCUACAUUACUUUGUUAUAUUAUGCUCUGUGCAAAAACGAAACAGCAACCCAAAAAAAAUUAGUUACACCACUUUUACGCUGAUGGCCUCAAUAAAAUAACAAGAACAAUUUGAAUACCAUAACGUAGCUUACCCCACUUUUGUUUUGAUAUUGGUAAUGUAAGGACUGUAUGUAACACCAAAACAGCAACCAAAAAAAAUGUGUUACACCACUUUUACGCUGAUGGCCUCAAAUAAAAAAAAGAACUUUUAUAGAGAGAAUUUAAAUUAGAAUAAAUUCUUAAUUCAAUUGAACCAUACAGCAUGAAUUAGUUCGUUGCAUUGAAUUCAUUCCUUUCUGAAUUAAUUCUUUGUUGAAUUAAUUCCUAAUUGAAGGAAUUCAAAUAUAUUGCAAAUAGGUUAAUAAAAUAAGUUGAUUCAAAUGACGAUUUAAAUUUUCUAAUUUUUUUUUCGAACACUAAACUUUAGUUAUGCUGCAGUGAACAAACAUUUUGAGAAAUGUUCUCCUCAAAAAUAAGCUAGACUUUCAUUUUAGUUGGGAACAUCAUCGACUCCUUAUUUUUCCUCCAUAUAUAAUGAGGUCACCCUACUGCCUUUAUCACAAUGGGAUCAGUUUUUAAUGGAGUUAGCUGCUUGACGAGUGGCUACCCAUCUAACCUAUUGCCUUUAAAUGUCAAUUUAACAUUUUAUCAGAUGGCUUUUAAGCUAUUAUUCGAGUGAAUUUUAUUAAUUUGGGGAUUAUUAUAAAAAUGUACUUCCAAGGUUUCAAUAAUCACCCCUAUCGUGAAAACAUGUGAAAUGUAUGUUCCCAUGAAAUAUUCAUUUCCCUCGAAGGGAAAAACUUUUCAUUCACAAUAGUUGAUUUUGUUCGUAACAGCUGUUUAUUGUUUACAAAAUUCCAUCUAAAAUUUCACAACAUGGGGAAUUUUUUCACGUGAACAAAGUUUAUGAACGAAAAAUGGGAAAUGGGAACAUACUUCAUGUGAAAUUUUGAUUCGCGAUAGGGGUGAAUAAAAAAUUUUUGUUUAAAUGAAAUUGUAUUUAUUAAAAUAUCACUGAUUCUCAAAAAUUUUAACUAAGACGGACAGAAAAUUUGUAUGAAAAUCCCUCAGUUUUGAAAUAAUUUUUGCGUGUUUUUCAUACAAAUUGUUUUCCGUUCGUGUUCUGAAUUUGGGGGUAAUAUGGAAAUAAAAAUCACUCAUACCACCCGUUAAACAUAUUGAUAAUAUAUUGAAUAUCUUUCCGAAGCCCCCCAAUAACUUACAAACAUUAUUGAUUCAUAAAUAUACCGGGUAUAGGCCUGGUUUGAUAGCUAUUUAAAAUCGAGAAAAUCGGUCCACAAAUGGCUGAGGUAUAAUCAAAAAACGAAGAUUACCUCGAUUUUUAGCCUAUUUUGAAAAAAAAAAAUUUUUUUUAAAAAAAAUUUGUUCAAAAAAUUUUUUUUUUCAUUAAUUUCGAUUUUUACCUAUUUUUUAAAGAAAAAAACGUUUCACCAAAAAAAUAGUUUUUUAUUAUUUAUCAAAUUUUUUUUCACCAAAAAAUGUUCAUUUAAAAAAAGUAAUUUUCAAUAUUUAAUGUCGAAUUAGCACUCUUACUUACUUGAUUAACUUUUGACCAAAUGAUCACAUUCAUGAAUUUAUGAUUAAAUGCAAAUAUUUCGAAAGUGAAAUUAAAAUAAAAUGUACAAGAUUUCUUUGUUCCGCCUAAACUCAAACAAGAAAAUAACAAUAAAUUUUACUCGAUCACGAAAGCGAUAAUUGAUCACGAAAGCUCUUGGUAUGAAAAAUAUCAGUUUAAAUAGUAAAUUGCGUUUUUCGCUAGAAAUUAUUAUCAACUUUAAACAUAGAUAGAUUGUUUCACAAUAUCGAAUGUAACAUUUCGUUCUAAGUGAAAGAAAACUGGUUUUGGUUUUCCCAAACAUUAUUUUUAUGUGAACGACUCAGUUUUCUUUCGUUUAGAAUGCAAACGAAAUUUAACAUUCGGUAUAGUGAAACAAGCUAAAGGUAGGGUCACACAUGGUCACACAUUUUAUUUGAUGCUGUUUGAUCUUACAAAACACUUGUAAGAGUAAACACGUCAAACAAAUUUGUGCUAAUAAAAGUGGUUACGCUUUUUUGAGUAAAUAUUUGCCAUGUGUGACCCUGCCUUAAGGAUGUUUGCUGAAAUUGUUUCUCAUUAAAAAAAUCGAAUACAAAUGCUGCUGUAUUAUAGGAAAUAUUAAAAAUUACUAUGUUUUAGAUAGAUAUUUAGCUCUAUUCCACAUUUGAAAAUCAUUCUAGAUAUAAAACAUUCCCUUCUCCGUCAAUUACACAAACUUACACUCUCUCUUUACACUGCUCUUAGGAAAACAAUUGCAAAACAAACCCAACUGCAUUGCAUGUUAGUUAAAUUUUGUUAGUUUUAAUUUAUUAUUUGUUUAAUUUUGUAAAUUACAAUUUAAUGUAUGUAUAUAAUAUACACUUAGUUUGAAUGAAAUAUUUUGUACUUAUGAAAAUAAAAACAAGAAAUACUUAAAAAAAUCUACAAUACUAUGGAUGGUAUACAAAUUUAAAUAGGAAUCUUUAAUUUUUUUUUUUUUGUAAUUCCAUACAAAAUUCCAUCCAGCAAAAAAAAAUAUAUAUGAAAAUCAUAAGAAAAUAUCUUCCCGGAACAUAAUAAUUUACUUUACAAACCUGGUCCUACUACUACUACUUACUUACUUAUUUACUUACUUACAAACUCCUAGAGUUUUAAUUAAUUAAUAAUUUUAUCAUUAAGUUCCACAUGUUUUAGCUAUUCUUUUGUUAAAUUAAUUUUAAAAAAAUUUAAAAAAGAAAAUAAAAACAAACACAAAAAUUGUAUCCAUAAAAAUUAAGUCAAACUUUUUUAUAUAGGAAAAUUGUUAUUACUUGCUUAGGAUAAAACAUAUAUACAAGAAUUAAGUAAAGUAACUUUAUUUAAUAGAUUUAAUUUUUGUUAAAACAUUUAAACAAACACACAACACACAUCCAUCCCUCUUUCCUUUUUUAUGCCAAAAAAACAAACUGAAUAUAAUUUUAAUAUCCUAUCCUAUCCUCUCCCAUAUAAAACUCAUUGUCUUUCCAAAAACCUUUCCCUUAAAUAUACUACUAAUAUUUAAAUUUAAACAUACAUUUCCUCUAUAUAUAUAUUUUGUUUUUCAAAAGGAAAUUGUAAUCUUACAAUUAAACUAAAAUUAAAAAAAAAUAAACCUAUAUUUUAUUUUAAAAAUUAUUUAAUUAUUGUAUUGUAUAUGUAUUGUACGGUAAACAUUAAUUAAUUAUGAUAUACAUAAAUUAUAAUAAAAAAAAUAUAUAUAAAAUUAUAAACUCUAUAUUAUUGUUGUAAAAUAUGAAUUUCUUAAUUAUACAAAAUUAAAUUAAAAAAAAAUAACUAAAUAUUAAUAAAUACAAAUUACCAACAAACAAAUUAGCCCUUAGUUUUCUAUGUUUGUAUUACAUAUUACAUAUUAUGUUUAUUUUAAUUAAUUAUUAUUACACUUAAUGUAAUGUUCAUUUUUUUUAAAUUAAAUUUAAAUAGUUUUCUUAUUAUUUCGUAUUAACCGUAUACAUUUAUAUACAUACAUACUUAAUAUAUAUAUAUUUCUUAGAAUUUUUUUUUCUUAAUUUAUAUAAAAAAUAAAUGAUACAUAACAAUUAAAAACAAAUACGAUAUUUUAAAGAAAACUUUCUGUUUUAAGAAGAAAUAAAAAAAAAAUAAAUAAAAAAACCAAAAAAUACAAA